UAUAGCCAUUAUAUGAUUAUAAGAAUUUUUUCGAUGCCAAUCAACUAUAAUUUAUAAAAAAAUGGCAUAUUACUAUACUACACCUGGCAUAUUUUAAUUUUUCUCACAACUCUAUAUAUCGUCGUUUUAUUUAAGAUCUCAUGGCCGAAUUUUUGUAGAUUCUUGGUGAUUUUAUUCGUUUCCUUUCUUGCUUCUAUAAUUUACAUCAUUUAUAUAAACAAUAUUUAUACCAAAAAAAAAUUAUCAAUUGUAAAUAGACAAAGAUGAAAUAUGUCAAUAGUAAUAAUUCCAUUUCAUCGUUGGUAUCAACACAUACGAUCGUUAAUAAUAAUUCUUCAUAUGAAGAACUUGUAUCAAAAUUAUUCUCUUGUAAUAUUGUACUUGUAUUGACCGAUCAUGCUAAACAAUUUGUAAGAAAUUGUUUCGACAAUGUAACAUUUGCCUCGAUCCUGAAUCAAUUUGCAUCCAUUGCAAAUCUUCAUUUGACAAUCCGCGAUCUUAAUGGUCACAAUGCUUAUGCACUGAAUAAGAUACGCUUUCGUUUUUUUGAUGUUGAUCAAUUCAAAAAUCGGCCGAAUGGUUCACAGCUUAAAAAACUUCAUUCGGAUAUUAUAGCUUCCAUGUCGAAUGCAUAUUUGAUGCAACAAAAUGAUGAUGAUAAUGUUAAUGAUGAUGAUAGUUUUACGAAUGAAACACCAUGGUAUGAUAUGUGGAAAAAUGUCUUCAUCGAUACAUUUGAACCAACGGAACAUGAUUUUAUCGGUACAAAUUGUGGAUGUUUUUUCGUGAUAACCAAAACUGAAUUACCUCAUUAUAAAGUUAUUUUCGAACGUCUUUGUGCAUCGGUGAAACAAAAUUCUACACUUCGUUUCAUUCAAGCGGAUUUUGUUCGUUACUUCAUCGUAUUGAGUGAUCAGAUACUUGAUUCACCAUUAUCAACAACUGCUGAUGAAUUCACUAAAACAUGUCAAAAUCUAAAGCUUGAUUUUCCGAAUUCAUUUGUCUUUUAUAUCGAUGUAAAUGGUGUAUCAUUAUCAAAUACUCGUCCUGAUGAUCCGUUCAAAUCAACGAUUGAUGCAACUGGUAAUCAAAUCCCAGAUGCAAAUAAUGAAAAUAUUAUGGGUGAUAUUAAUGCUACUGAUCCGCUCAGUGUUAGUUCAGAAACGAAUCGUGAGAAUUCCAAAUUCUAUCAGGAACUUCAAUCACAGCGGCAACAAAGCCAACAACAACAAAAUAAUAGCUCAACAACAACUCCUUCGUUACAAUCACGUGAUAUUAUUAAUGAUUGGCUAUCUCAUUUAUCCAUCCAUGAUCAUCUGAAAGAAAUAAUGGAUUCGGUUUCCGAAACUAUCGAUUUCAUGCUCAGAGAAUUCAUAUCCAAAUUCCUUAUCCCAUGGGCUGAACGUCAGAUUAAAAUUCUUGGUGAGCUAAUUGCUCAACGUCGAGGUUUCCGUAAAAGUAUAUUCAGUGCAACUAAAUCAUUGCUAAGCAAUAUGUCUUCAUCGACGGUUGGCUUAUCCAAGUCGCUAGGAAGUUCAGGUGUAAUUUAUAUUCCUGAUGCUCAAGAAAUGCAACAAAGAAAAUUGGCCGAUAUUUGUAUGAUAUUCAAUAUAUAUGAAAUGGCUUAUAGUCUUUAUUAUGCUGCUAGAAAAGAUUUUCAAUCUGAAUCAGCAUGGAUAUAUUAUGCAGGAGCUUCGGAAAUGAGCGCCAUUUCGUCAUAUUUUCUUAAUAAAUAUCACCAUAAUCACAUGGAACAAGCGAUUACAACUUAUAUUGAUCUUUGCCGUUCUGUAAAUCUCGCUACACGAGCAACCAUUCUGGCAUCAGAAUUAUUAUGUCAAUUACAUCGUUAUAAUGAUGCUGCCAACCUUUACAUUCGAAUGACCGGUGAUGAUUCUGAUCUUCGUUCGGCUUUAUUUCUAGAACAAGCAUCCAAAUGUUAUUUAUUAAUGUCACCAAAAUUACCUUUGACACGAUCAUCUGCAAGCCAAACGUUAUUGAAUGCAAUUGAAAAAUCUUUUACUGAUGAUCGUGUCAGUGCAUUGGGAUCUAGAUAUCGUAAAGCAGCAUUCCAUUAUAUACUGGCUGGUCAUCGUUAUAAUCGUUGUGGUCUGAAGCAUUUUGCUCUGUUCUGUUAUCGUCGUUAUAAUUAUCCAAAUUGGGAAGCGGCAUCCGAUCACGUUAAUUUAACUGUAGCCCGAUUAUUUUUAUCGAUAGCAUCGGCAAAUAAUUUCCGUAAACAAGCCGAAUAUUUUCAAAAAGGAUUGGAAAUAUUUCGAAAAUUUUCACAUAAACAAAUUUUUUUCAAUGAAUUUUCACGUGAAUUGAAAAAAAUUUCCAAUAAUUCCAGUGAUACACAACAAGUGCAAUCAGCAAAUCUAUACAUCUUAGAUAUUCCAUACAUUGAUCAAAUUGAAUUUACAUCACCAGAUUCGAUACAAUUGGGUGAAAAAAGUCUAUUGGUACCACGAAAAUUGAUUCGAACAACUUGUUUUGUCGGUGAAGAAGUACACGUUCAACUGACUAUUGUUGUUCCAUUCGAAUUGACCAUAUCAAACAUUUCAUUUAUACCCGAUAAACCAGACCAUAUAACACCGAUUGUUCAUUUCCAACCAAUCACUGCUCGACCCAAUGAAAAAAAUCAUUUAAUUCUGAAAUUCAUCUCAAAGUUUGAAUCGGAAUUCUCAUUUAUUGGCCUUAAUUAUCAAAUAGAAGGGCUAAAUUUUGAGUACUAUUUCAAACAAAAAACCCAAAAUUCUCUGGCAUUCCUAUCGAUACAAGCAUUACCAUUAAUAAUGUUCAAUGUUCAUUUUAAUGAACUUCACAUUAAUACACGCGAAUGUCCGAUUGAACAAUAUUUAUCCACUAAUCGAAUCAAAAUUCCGAAAAAAGUAUAUGGAUCCGAAAUACUUACCUAUGGAAUUUCAUUCGAAACGAAUGUUUCUCAAAAUGAAUUCAAUUCGAUACAAUUGAGUACAAAUACAAAAGAUUUCUAUGUUUGGAACUUGAAUCGUUCAGAUGAAAGCAUUGAUAAUCGAUUCGAAGCUCAAUACAUAAUUAAAGAUCUAAAUCAACAAAUGAAUCUAUCGAUGCAAAUACCGCCAAACAUUGAUGAAUAUGUCAUCUAUUUUAGACUGUGCUAUCAAUCAUCAGAUGGUCGUAAUCGAAUAGUCACACGAGAAUUAUAUUUCGAAGUUAUACCUUGUAUCGAAAUAGAAAUGUUUCUUUUUGAUCAUGUGAUCACUUUGCAUAAUCUAAGUCAAACAGAAUCCUUAGCCAUCUAUGAUGUUACUGUUGGUGAUGAGAAUUCAAUGGUGCAGACCGAACAUUCUAAUUCGGAUUGUGUACUCAUUCCGAUCAAUUUGAGCGCUCAUUUAUUGAUACAAAAAUCGUCCAUAACAUGGAUACUUUAUGGCAAUAAUAUACAGAAUAAUAAUCGUCAUGGUAAAAUUAAUUUGAUUCUUUCCUUGCCGUAACCAUCAGUUUAAAUGAAAGUUUUGUUGUCGAUUUUAUCCAUUUUUGGCCUUCAAUUUUUUUAUUAUUAUUAUUUUCAAUUAUAUAAUUACUAUUACUACUAAUAAGAUUAUUAUUUGAAAUAAUUUUUUUAUAUAAUUUAACAUGAGAAUUAUUUUGGCAUUGAAAUGUAUCAUCAUCCCAGAUUAUUGCAAAUUUUUCAUGAGCAAAAUUUUUAUUUAAAAAUGAUUAGUAACGGAAACAAAUUUUGAGAAAGAAAUUAAAUUUCAAA